CCGCCGCCCCGCUCUCGCCGCCCAGCGCCGUCUUCAGCCGUGCCGCCGUCGCCCGCUUAUCCCGACCGCUGGCACCGGCCCCCGCCAUGAUGGGAAACUGAGGAGCCGUUACGGCUGCGCCGGGCUCCCGGCUCGGAGGCUCCCCCCGCCGCCCUCUCUCCCCUCCCAGCGGCGCCUCCCUCUCGCGAUAGCCGCGGCACCGCCGCCCGCUCCCUCCUCCUGACACUGCCUCUCCCCUCCCCUGACAUUACCCCUCCUCCUCCUCUUCCUCUGCCCUGCCUGCCGGCCCGCGCCGCCCUGGCAGCGCGCAGGUGCGCGGCCCGCACCGCCGCUCCGCAAAGUGCCUCCCACCCGCUCCCCUCAGCCUGAAACUUCUGUCAGGACGGGAGACCCGGGAGCCGCGUACCGCCUGCCAUCGCGGCCCCCUUCGCCAGGAAGGGCUACUUGGGCAGACCGGCUUCCCGACGGUACUAGAGCCCUUUGUUACGGAGCCGCUCCUCCAACGAAGCGGCUGCCGCCAGUGCGACCAGACCGCGGGGGUCCCGUCGGGCAGAGGCAGAGUGGGCGACGCGAGAGGCACCGCUGAGGCUUCAGGCCCCGGUUGCGCGCUCGCUUCCGUCAGAAGCUCCGCUGGAGGUGGCGGAGCAUCCCCGGGCUUCGGCAGCAGCGCCGCGCCUCGCUGGGAGCUCCCGCAGUUGAGAGCCGUGCUCCCGGCGGGCUGGCCGGGGUAGUGCGUGCUCCUCGCGGUCCCAGCGGGCCGACCGCGGCUGUCAGGGCCACGCACCGCACCGCUCUCUGAGGCACCGCAGCGCGGCUGCACGCUCCCGCCAGGAGGAAACCUAUUUAGAUACGAGUUAACAAAGCUUACAUACUGUCCAACGGGUUUAAAACUCGACAGGCAGACUUGCGUAAUGGAAAAACUUUAAAACCCCCAAUCUGUCCCUAAACGAAAGUAACCUUUUAUCUGAGAGUAACGAGACCCCAGGUGCCCAAGGGGGACGCCUCGCUGCUGCCUUUGCCGGCGCGUUGCCUGUGGCUGCCCCAUAUCCCGGUGUCUUGGGUUGCGUUGCAGUUCUAAGGGCUGGGAAUACCGGCUACGUGGUGCCGUAGGUCGCUCUCCAGGAUUAUAGGAAGGAAAACGUGAGAAAACUAAGCUACAGACAUGAAGAAAUUAAAGCUUAAAGAACUGGAAAGCUAUCUUCAACAAGUUGAUACUUUUGAAUGUCCAAAACUACUCCUUGAACAGUAUCCAACAAGACCUCACAUUGCAGCAUGUAUGCUUUAUACAAUUCACAAUACUUUUGAUGAUAUUGAAAACAAAACCAUUGCAGAUCUAGGCUGUGGUUGUGGCAUGCUAAGCAUUGGAAGUGCAAUGUUAGGAGCAGGAUUGUGUGUGGGGUUUGACAUAGAUGCAGAUGCACUGGAAAUAUUUAAUAGCAAUGUUGAAGACUUUGAGCUCACAAACAUCAACAUGGUUCAGUGCGAUAUCUGUUGUUUACCUGAGAGCAUGUCAGAGACUUUUGACACAGUUAUUAUGAACCCUCCGUUUGGUACCAAGCAUAAUAAAGGAAUGGAUAUGAUUUUUCUGAAAACUGCUUUACAAAUGGCAAAAAAAGCUGUGUAUUCCCUGCACAAAACUUCAACAAGGCAGCACAUUCAAAAGAAAGCAGAUGAAUGGGAAGUGAAGAUGGAAGUCAUAGCAGAACUUAGAUAUGACCUACCAGCAUCAUAUAAGUUCCACAAGAAGAAAUCAGUUGACAUUGAAGUGGAUUUCAUUAGAUUUUCUGCCAAGAAACUCCUGAACUGAAGCAUGUAUUUAAAACCUAUUGAAAAUGGAACAAUAAAACCCAUGAUUUUUUAUA